CGAAAGGCCAUGCAAGCGGCGGCCGGCCCUCCGUGACGUUUCAUCGUCGGCUGAGCCAAAUCAACAACAGCGCCAGCCGCAGAAGGAAAGAAAGCGAAGGGAAAACGUGAUUUUUUUUCCCCCAGCUCCGCCCAGUCUCCUCCCCGGAAAUAACUUGCGCUGAAGAAGAGGGGCCUGGGAAAAAGGAAGCUUCUUUGCGGCAGCGGCUUUUGUACUGGAGGAGCUAAGAUGGCGUCGGCGCUAAAGGAGAACGGGAUUCCUCUGAGUGCGGUGAGAGCGGGCGGGGAGGCGGCAGCGGCUUUUUCCGCAGGGCGCCGCGCCAGAUUGCGAGGCAGAGGCGAGGUUUGGGGCGUCGUCCCGUAGGCGCCUUAGCCGCCACGGGGGGAGAUGUUCGAGUUCUUGCCUUUCGCGUUGUCGGGGCGCCCGGUUGCAAAUCCUCUCUGGGAAGUUAAAUGUGCGGUUUUUCUAGGCUGCGGGAACCUCCUCCUCCCCGGUUUCUGUGCCGUUUGCUCUCUCAGCAUUGCGGAGCUGAAGGGCCCCGAGGCUUCUCUUUAGGGAGACCCCUUUCUGCCCUUCCAAGUUGCCUCUUGUACAAAAAAUUGUGCAAAAUAACAUAAAAUAAAAAAGAGGCAGCCGCUGGUGGGCUAAUCCCAUCCUUGCGGGAGUGGCAAAUUCUCUUUCCCGUGCAUCUCCCUAAAGGCGGAGGAGUUUGGUUCUCUUAUCUAGAUUUAGUGAUCUUUUUGCAAUGCUGCGGGCUCCAGACACCUCUGAAACCUCGCCACGCGCGUUGUAAACACUGCCUGCUCCUUUUGUGCCCCGGGGGGAGGGGAUCUGCGUGAGAAGGGGGGCGCCCACAAGACGGUGCUCGGGUGAGUCUGAAUGAAGGAAACGCGGGAGGGGUGAAACUGCCCAGAUUUUUAGCUUUCGCUUUCCAGCAAUCCGAAGGGAGGAGUCAGCAGAGGCAGGAUUUGAGUAGUGUUGCUUUUGCCUGACAAAUGGCAAUGAUGUAUGCUCUGGCUGUGGUGAAGAUACGCAGGUCUAGUGAGCACAGCAACUCGUCUCGGUAGACACAUUGUGUGCAUCUUGAUAGGAAUGCUGUUUCACAGAACAAGGGUGGCCACAUAAAAUCUCUGAGUUAUUGUGGAGUGGGUUUCUGAGAUAUUUGGAACUUGCAGGAGAAACGCUCUCACAAACCACAGCGAUCUACUGGGUAUUUAAGGGGUAAGGUGGUCUUUCAAAUAACUUGGUCCUGAGCGGUUUGGGGCCUUACAUGUUUGUACCAGCACACUGAACUGGUCCCAGUAGCAGGUGUUCCUUGCUGGCAGGUCCUAGUUAGUCUGUCUAUAGCAGGCUUCCUCAACCUCGGCCCUCCAGAUGUUUUGAGACUAUAAUUCCCAUCAUCCCUGACCACUGGUCCUACUAGCUAGGGAUCAUGGGAGUUGUAGGCCAAAAAACAUCUGGAGGACCGAGGUUGAGGAAGCCUGAUCUAUAGUUUGGACUACCAAGUCAUAGAGCAGGGGUCAGCAAACUUUUUCAGCAGGGGGCCAGUCCACUGUCCCUCAGACCUUGUGGGGGGCUGGACUAUAUUUUUUUGGGGGAAAUAAACAAAUUCCUAUGCCCCACAAAUAACCCAGAGAUUCAUUUUAAAUAAAAGCACAUAUUCUGUUCAUGUAAAAACACCAGGCAGGCCCCACAAAUAACCCAGAGGUGCAUUUUAAAGAAAAUGACACAUUCUACUCAUGUAAAAACACGCUGAUUCCCGGACCGUCCGCAGGCUGGAUUUAGAAGGCGAUUGGGCCGGAUCCGGUCCCCAGGCCUUAGUUUGCCUACCCAUGUCCUAGAGUUUCAGGAGAGUUUUCAAAGGUAGCUCUAUAUCUAGUGCAUUUCAAUAUUUAUCUGGAGGUUACUGUGAAUAACUCCAAGCAAAAGUAAAACUAUGUAAGUGGUACCAAAGUUAUGGCCACACUGUUUCUGUCUGCAAGGGACCAUAACUGGUAUAUAAGCUUCAACUGAUGAAAUACACUGUGUGCCAUAGACACCAUGUGAUUUUUUUUCCCCCUCAGUUGUAGGAUUUUUUUGUGAGACAGUUUAAAACAUGCCCUCAGCACCUUUCAGCAGGGAUCUGUUUCUGGAGCUACCUUCCAACUACCAGGCAGUGAUCUAAGCAAGUUAAAAUCACUGGUAAAUUUUUAUUAAGUUCCAGCUAUACACACGAAAAUAUGGCAACAGCUAGAAAGAUAUUGACUCUUAUGCAUAAUUUCUUAGUUUGCCAGAAUGGGUGGUUUUCAGCUUUUCAGGACCCUGGGCAACAGCAGGAGAGGUGCAGCAGCUGGGACUGCAGAGUAGGAAAACUUCUGCCAUUUCUCCCUGCUUUCCAUUUGCUGCUCGUCUCCUUGCAAGAGAUGAGUUGCCACAUCAUCCCUGGAAAAUGCACUUGCCCCUGGCUUUGAGUCAAGGCAUCUGAGUGGAGGGAGAUAAAAUUCCUGGGUUGGCAUGGCUGACUUCUGGGCUAGGGAGAGGGGUGAGAGUGUUUCAGUUUAAUUUUUAUCUUUGGAUGAGUGGGUGGGAGUAUUGCUUUUGCUGUAGCAGCCAGGAGUGACUUAAGUCUACUGUGUGCCUAGUUGAGCCCCUGAAAUGGGCUCAGAACAGGUCAGGGAACCCCCAGAGCAGCACACUGGUAAGCUAAAAUGCUUGCACUGACAGAACAAUCUCCUUACAGCUACAACGAAUUUCUCCCAGAGUGAUUUGGGGAGAUAAUAACAGCUGACUAUAGAUACAAGCUUAUUGUUCAAAUUGGACAGAAGCAUAGCAAAGACUGCUUGAAGCUCACUCAGUCUUUGACACAAUAUGACCUACAUGCUUCUACACUGUGAAGCUCAACCUGCCUGCAGGGGCUGGGUUUCCUAUCAAAUUGCUGUAUUUUUUGCUCCAUAGGAUACACUUUUUCCCUCUUAAAAACUAAGGGGACAAGUCUGUGCGUCCUAUGGAGCGAAUGCAGGGGGGAGGUAGGCAGGAAAAGCCCCCAAGAGCCGCACACAAGCUUCACGCGGCUCUUGCGGGCUUUUUCCCAGGAUGGAGAAGGGACCGCCGCUCCCCAACGGGGGCUGGGGUCGGGGGAAGCUCAGGCUUCCCCCAGCCCCGCAAGCUCCGGGAGCGAAGACAAGGUUUUGCGCAACCUUGCCGCCACUCCCUGACCUGUCUUGGGGGCUGGGGUCAGGGGAAGCUCGGGCUUCCCCCGCCCCAGCCCCGCAGCUAAAAAGGAGAAGCCUGAAGCCCCUGGAGCGCAGCGCGAACUGCCGCUUCGGGGGUUUCAGGCAGCUAUCUGCAAGCCUUUGGAGUGCAGCGGGAGUUCUCGCUGUGCUCAGAAGGCUUGCGGAUAGCCGCCUGAAGCCUGGAGAGCAGGAGGGGUCGGUGCACACCGAUCCCUCUUGCUCUCCAGGCUUUGCUUCGCUGGAGAGGCGCUGCACGGUUUUCCCUCUCUGCGCAGCUCCCCUUCAGUGAAGCGGGAGGAGAAAUGGAAGGGGAUCCGUUUCUCCAGCCGCUUUGCUGAAGGGGCGCUGAGCAGAGAGGGGGAGAAUUCCCCCCCCCUUUUCUCCCCCUCCUAUGGUCCGGUGCGUCCUAUAGAGCGAAAAUACGGUAAGCCUGAGGGCCAACUCUAAUAUCCUUUCACUUCCUUUGUUUCCGGCUUAAAUAACCAGUCUAAAGGGAGUGGCAAGAACACUUUUAUUGUGUUUGCACUGUGAUGAUGCAUCAGGUGGAAGACAGAUGCAUGUAGCUACAGCUGAGGAGGAUGAACAGUUCCACCCCAAAGUAAUAUUAUGCCCUUUCCAGAAUAUUGCUUUUGAUAGGGAACACAUAGAAUGUCUCAUAAGAGAUGUAUUGUUUUAGUAAAUCUUUGUCUGGUCUUGGAUUUUCUUUCACAAUCCUUGGUGGAUUUUCAACUGAUUUUAGUAAGAACAUGUUGCUGCUGCUUCCAUGUUUGUACUCUGGAGUCAUUCAUGCGGAGGUUGUGGACUCCCUAGUCAGCAACUAAUAUUCCCAGAAAACCACUUAGAGAGGAGAAUGAGGGAUGGGGAGCCCACCCUAUCAAAAUCCUGCUCCCUAAACUUAUUGUCAGCAAGCUAUAUUGUCCCAGAUGUUGCACUCUUAGCCUUUAUGACCUUUACUGGACAUUGGGAGAAGGACACAAAGGCCAAGGAGACAGAAGCCUUUGGGGACUCCAGUUGCAACUAGACAUUUCAUUUUGGCGACUGUAAUCUUGGUUUAAGGAGCCAUUUGGUGCCUAGCUUGUAUAUCUGAGUUUCUAACAUUGGUGUUUCUCCCAAGGGGCAUCCCCCAACAAAUUAGAUUGUUUUGCAAAAGUUUAUGUCCUGAAAUGCCCUGGAGAGCUGGGAAAAAGUCAAUAUAUUUCACAUCUGGCAACCGGUUCUUUGACUUGAAUACUGAUGCCACUUCCCCUUGAUUCUCAGCUUCUUCUUCUUCUUCCUCUUCCUCUUCCGCCUCUUCUUCGGCGAUCACUCAUAGCUGAGUAAGAUUGUAUUCCAUAAACACAGUUUCUACUAGAAAUUCCCUGCUGUGCUUCUUCCUGCUGUAGGCCAGGUAGAAAAGAAAUCAAAGGCUGGCUUCACAUUACAUGUGAACCAAGCAAACCAUGAGAGGAAGGUACAGUUUGGAGAAGGAAGGAAAAUGUUCUCUUUGUCCCACCUUCUCUGCAAAAAGGUUGUGGGGGCCCACUUGUGCGUUUAGAAACCAUUCACCAUUGGAAGGGCUGAAAGGUUCUGUUGAGGUGGUGGGGAAAUUCACUUCAUAGAAAAAUGAACAACCUACAGAUGGUGAUGUUGGCAGUUCAGGUAACUGCAAUACAACUCAAGCUAUGGUCUCUUAUGAGGAAAGUGAUUUGGAGGGGAUGCCAGAUCAGGCAGAGGAAAUAAGAAACACGUCUCUUCUUCCCCAGUGAAUCAAAAUGAUGAAAGACUGGGAGAAUCUAAGGGGGAGGAAAAGGAACCGCAAGGAAGGAAUAUUGGAUGAAUAUCAAUUCGGCAAUAAUUUUGAACUGUGACUUGGCUGAGAUUGCUGAAACUCUUUAAAAGAACUUUGUAAGAGCUGUUAUAUAGAAACUGGAGAAAUAUCUGUUUGGAUUACUAGAAGGACAUUAGAAGAGUCAUAUUGGCUGUCUGGAUGACCAAGAAUUUAGAGCUGGACUUGGGAGGGAAAUUUGGGAAAAGUUACAUCCUGCAGAGGGGGGAAAACUGAUUUAGAGUACACAUGUUAAACACUUUGAACAGGGGUCGGCUCAAGGAGGAGGAGGUUAAGGCAACAAUGAUAAGAUGGGCACAGGAUAUUGGACCUCCAAUAAUGAUGGCCGAAUGGGAAGAUCUUUGGAGAACAAAUAUGAAAUUUACGGCAUGUUAAAACAUCAAAGAAAAUAUGUUAAAGAUACAACACAGAUGGUACCUCACCCCCUCAAGACUAUCUAAGAUGUAUAAAAAUUUAGCGAAUAUUUGUUGUAGGUGUGGUGAUAGUAAUGGUGAUAUGUAUCAUAAGUGGUGGACAUGUAGGACGAUCAAAGUGUUAUGGGGUUUAAUUUAUGAGGAAUUAAAAAAAAUGUUUGGAAUAACCUUUUUAAAAAGACCAGAGGCGUUUCUGUUAAGCAUUGUUGGCAGGGACAUCCUGAAUACCUUUAGGGAGGUAUUCUUAUAUGCAAUGGCUGCAGCUCGGACUUUGGUGGCAAAGGGGUGGAAGGAAGAAGACGUCCUGACAAAAACGGACUAGCAAUAUAAGCUACAAGAAUUCGCUGAGAUGGCGCAGCUGACAAAUAGCCUGAGAGGCAAUUCAAAUCAAAAAUUUAUGGAAAAAUGGGAUAGAGUAGCUCCAAAUUUAAUACAAAUGUAGAAGGUACUCAAAAUAUAGUCCUUGAAUGCUUUUAAUGUUGGAAGAAUUGACCGCUGAUGCCUCACAGUCUCACAGCUUCAUAUCAUCAAAGUAAGCAUUUUGUCCAAUGCGUCGCAGCUACGACCCCCUCACUUUUGGAGCUCAAAAACAGAGCUUACCAGGGAGGGGGGAGCUCGCUUUUUGACACCUGCCGGAUCCCACGUCCUCAAAAUGCUCGAUUUGAGGUUUUUCAAAUUUGAGGUUUGGGGGUCUGCUGCGCUGGAGCAGUUUCCCCCAACUGUGAUGGCAUGCACGAUCAACCGGAAACUCGGCAAGGUUUAUCUUGCCUGGGCCAAUCGGUCCCGCAGAGAUCCCUUCAUGGGCUGGAUCAUGCGCAUGCAUGAGUGUGUGCACCCACAAUUUUUGGCGUCUGCACAGAUGCGAUUUUUGGCGCCGUGGAAGUGAGUCCCCUUGCCGUGCUGCGCCGGUUUAGCGCAGCGCAUGACUUGGUUCGGGAGCAGCUCGUGGGCCAGUCAAACAACCUCCGUCGGCCGCUUCCAGCCCAUGGGCCUUAGGUUGCUGACCCCUGACUUUGAAUAAUUGUUGUUACAGAUGAUUGUCAGAUAGGGAGGUAGGAGUUCUUUUCAUCUAUUUUUCUAUUCUUUUUGUUAUUUUCCUAUGUUAUUUUUCCUCUUUUUAUAUAAUUGUGUUUUGUAAGGAUCAUGAGCAUUCUAUUUUAUAUCUUCUUUCUCUUUAUUCUUUUUGAUAUUGCUUUUUAUUAUCUUUUUAUAAACGUGUUUGGAUUUUAGUGCUCAAUUUCUUAAAACCUUCAGAACUAUUAUUAUUAUUUAAAUAGAAACCAAUCCCCAGCUGAGACCCAUGGUGUGUAAAGCUUUUGGGUCAGGAACUCAAUAUACUUCUGAAUCAAUGAGGCAUUGCACCUUUCUGCGUACCAUGUUUUCUUUCGUUCUUACAGUGCUUUUUUAUGAAUUUUGCAGGUGGCGUAUAUUUGUGAUGGUUUAUCUAAAGUAAAACUUCAUAACUGCUUUGCGUUGCAACACUGCGUCUGUAUGUACAUUGCAGAUGUAUGUACCUAGAAGUUUAAUUAUUUUGAUUUUAACGUGUACACUUUCUGUUGUUUCAGCUAUGUCCAAAAUUUUUGCACACAAACUCGACCAGUCACACCUGGCCUUUCAGUGCUGCAGCUGAACUUAUAGGUAUGUGAACAACAUUGUAUUUUUGCAGGCUAAGCCACACUUGUUUGAUGUAUUACACGGGAACAGUUUUUUCUAACUGGUUGUUACAUCUUUAACAAACGAAAGCUGCAAUCCAUUACCACUUACCUGGGAGCAAACUCCAUAAAACUCAGUGGGGAUUACUUCUGAGUAGGUUGUGCUGUAAGACCCUAAUAAAAAGCUUUGGCUGGUGGUCCAGCUACGCCCCUAUCUGGACAGGGAUAGCCUAACUACUGUUGUCUAUGCUCUGGUAACAUCAAGGUUACAUUACUGCAAUGCGUAGGGCUGCCUCUGAAGAUGGUUCAGAAACUACAGCUAGAGCAGAAUUCAGAGACCAGGUUGGACUGCCUCUUUCCCUAUGAACCUACCCAGACCCUGAGAUCAUCUUCUGAGGCCCUUCUUCAUGUGCCUCCCCCUUGAGAGGUCCGGAGGGUGGCAACAUGAGAACGGGCCUUCUCUGCAGUGUCUCCCCAUCUGUGGAAUGCCCUCCCCAGGGAAGUUCGCUUGGCGCCUUCAUUAUACACCUUUAGGCACCAGGCAAAAACAUUCCUUUUUAACCAGGCCUUUGGUUGAUUUGAUUGCCAUCCUGUGCCCUUUAAAAAUGUGGGGGGGGGGAUUGCCGGGGGGGCGUUAUUGGGUUGUUGUUUUUAUUUUGUGGUUUUAUAUUUUGAUUUUAUUCUGUGAACUGCCCUGAGACCUCCAGGUAUAGGGUGGUAUAUAAAUUCAAUAAAUAAUAAUAAAAUACAGAAAGGAAUGAUAUUGUCCUGCCUGUGGACUUCCCCUUAGGCAUUUGGUUGACCAUUGUGAGAAAUGAGGUGCUGGACUAGAUAAGACCUCUGGUCUGAUCCAGCAGGGUGGUUCUGUUUUUAUUAUUGAAGAUUACCCUUGUUCUUAAUUUUUGCACCACUCUUUAUUCUCAGAUAAUGCCUACGAUCCUGAUGUGAAUGCAAAACAGAUGUGGAUUGACAAAACUGUUAUAAAUGAGAACACAUGUUUAACAUUUAUGGACAAUGGAAAUGGUAUGAAUGCAGACAAGUUGCAUAAGAUGUUGAGGUGGGUAAAGUUUUAGUGGUGUGUGCAGUCUCUGGCUUUUGAUUGCAUGCUUGUAAAAGUAUAAUGUAAGAAAGUUGGAUUUUUAGGACGCCAAAUUUAUUGUUGUGGAAAAAUAUUAACUGUACUUCAGUUUAGACAACAUAAAUGAUUCACAAUUAUGUGAUUAUGUCCCCAUAAAAAACUAAUACCGGCACUUUUGCAUGGUCUAAAGUGUAUUUUACAAUGAGACAGGUGCAAAUGCAGUGGCCUUCAUCCAGGGUGCCCUUUGUGUAAGUAGAAAUGCCAUGUAUAUGUGCUGCUGACUAUCUGUGUUGGUCUGUUUCCUCAAUCUGCUGGAGCUAUAACUCAACAAAGGUUUGAGACCCAUUGGCUACCAUCACCUGGUUUAACUGGCUAGUCAAAGCUGUUACCAGGGUGUGGUCGCUUUCACAUGCUGACAACUUGUAGGAGCCACAGGUGAGAGCCAAAAGCAGGGUGGGGGCCCAAAGGUGAGCAAACUACCCUAGAAAGAGCACAGUGUGUCCCCCACCUAACACCCCAUACAAUCUGGUAGAUUGUCUACAUCACAAGUAAAGUGCACUAGCAGAUACCAUUUUUUUCUGCGGCAUGAUUAUCACAAUGUAUUUCUCAAAAUAUGGAUUAGCCAGGAAUAAAGUGUUACAUUAUGUUUCAAGCUGAAAGAAGAAUACUUUCUAGGAACAGCAACUGGUUUAUUUUAACUCCACUACAGAUUUGGGUAGUUAAAACUGCUGAUUUAAAUCAACUCUCAUAAGCAACAUGGCACUAUGAUAAGCACUUCCCCCUCUUCCAUCUUUUCAAACUCUUGUGUUUCAGCUUUGGCUUCAGCGACAAAGUUGCAUUGAACGGCCGUGUUCCAGUUGGAUUGUAUGGAAAUGGAUUUAAAUCAGGAUCAAUGCGCCUUGGGAAAGAUGCAAUUGUUUUCACCAAGAAUGGAGAAAUCAUGAGCGUGGGCAUGUUGUCACAAACCUUCUUGGAAGUUACGAAGGCAGAACAUGUAGUUGUUCCCAUUAUAACAUUCAACAAGAAACAUAUCCUUUCGAUGAUUUUGAAGCGCAAGUGAUAGAUUGUAUCUGGGAUAUCUGUUUCUCAAGAUGAUCUCUUAUUCCAGCAUUACUUCUUAUAUGCUGGGCAGUAGUUGUAUACCAGUACUGUAUUCCAAUAGAAUUUAAGUCUCUCACCGCAGAAGCUUGGCUUGGGGGGGUCUAUGCUAAUGUCUCUUCGGUGCCAGAUGAAUAGCUAUUUCUAUUCCCAGACUUUUAACUCUUGAAGAGAUUAAUGUUAACUUGUUUUAUGUUACUAGGCUUUAUUUUUUGUUCUAAGAUUUUAUUGGUCUAUUUCUAAACAUAUAUAUCACAGGUGGCAAACUGGAUCUAACUAGUGGACCUUAUCCUAAUCCACCACCACUCACUGCAUGCCAGCUUUGACAGGUGGGCCUGAUCACCCACCUCUUGGUCACCUGACAUAAUGAUGUCAAGUGAUUUACACCUGUCACAGUCCAACGAUCACUGCAGCCUCUUCUAAAGGCACAUGUUUAUAUAUAAUAAAACAGAACUCAGAAGUGCAGUCAAACCAUGGUUCCUGAACGGCUUAGUUGCCAAACAAAUCAGCUCCCGAACGACACAAACCCGGAAGUAAGUGUCCCGGUUUGCGAACGUUUUUCAGAAGCCGAAUGUCCGACGUGGCUUCUGCUUGAGUGCAGGAAGCUCCUGCAGCCAAUCGGAAGCCGCACCCUGGUUUUCGAAUGGUUUCGGGAGUCGAAAGGACUCUUGGAACAGUUUAAGUUCGAGAACCAAGGUACCACUAUAGAAAAAAGUGUCCCACCCCUCCAAAAAGAGAGAGGCCAAUGAUGAUUUAGCAUGCUCAGUUUCCACCAGCUGCUCAAUGGCUGUUGUGGGAGAUGGAAUGGAAUGGAGUAUGCUAAGGAGAGCAUAGCUGGCUGUAAAAUCAACAGGGCACUCCUCGCUGCAACAUUUUGUUGCAGGUCUCUUUAUUUAUUUAUUUUGUAAGCUGCCAGGGGGAAAUUACAUUGAAGGGCAGCAUAUAAAUUUAUGACAUAAAAUUGUAAGGUUGAAAGGAAUUAAAUGGCAGCAGCAGAAAAUGAGGGUUUUUUCCUAGGCUGGAACUAGAUAAGUACAGUCAUACCUUGGGUUGCGAAUGUGAUCUGUGCGGGAGGCACGUUCGUAACCCACAGCGUCGUGUCUGUGUACGCGCGUGAUGCAAUUCUGCACUUCUGUGCAUGUAUGUGAUGUCAUUUUAUGCUUCUGUGCAUGCAUGAGCGCCGAAACCUGGAAGUAACCCGUUCCGGUACUUCUGGGUUCAGCGUGGUCCACAACCCGAAAACGCACAGCCUGCAGCUUCGUAACUCGAGGUAUGACUGUAUUCUACAGUUUUCCUGAUUUGGAUAUUAAAUAGGAGCGUGCAGCAUGAAAGGCAGGUUAAAAGACUAAGCUGACAAUAGAUGUGUUCCAUUUAAUUAUAUGCAUUAUGGUUUGUAACAACAUAAUUACACGUAACUGAUUACCAUAGGAUCACAGUUUUAAAUAUUUCAUUGUGGUUGUAUAUAGUCUCUUGUAGAGCUAGGGACCUCUGGAGGGUCUGGUGGUGAGCCAAGAUUUCCAGACUACUUCAGGAACAUGGUAAUGUUAAAGUUGCCGUGUGGUCACAGACUUAAGAUGACCAGCUGUUAAUUUGAUUGAAACAGUAAAAUAGUUAUGGGGUGGACUUUUAAGUGGCAGCCGCACAGUAAAUGCUCAUCAGUUUAUUCAUUCAGGAGAGAUUUAGAUGGAAAAGGCUAUAAGCUAUCUGAGCAAGGUUUAACCGUUCUUAAAUAUGCCAACUCCUUAAUAUAAUAUACGGGAAUUAAUGAAACGCGAGAAAUCAGCAGCCAGCUUGAAGGCUAUCCUGGAACAUUCUCUGUUUCCUACUGAAGAGGAGCUGCUUGCAGAGCUUGAUGCCAUUAUAGGGAAAAAAGGAACAAGAAUAAUUAUUUGGAACCUUCGAAGGUGAGAGAAAAUCCAUUGUUAAUAGUUGAGUUGGUAAUGCAGCAUUGAUGUGUGCUAAUUUGAUAUGGUUGCACAAAAUUGAUAAGGAUUAAGCUGUGGCAAACAAAGCAUUACAUGUUACUGCUAUAUUGUUUAUAGUUCUUUUAGGACACAUUUUAUUUACUUCACCCCAUCUACCUUACUUCAAAUUCUAAUGUUAAUCAUGGAUGAAUCAAGCAAUCUGGGAUGAACUCCCAUGAAAAAUGUUUCCCAAGAACCACUUGACACAGGUCCCUCUGAGUCUUGGGGGAAGUUUCACCAUGUGCUUUUAGCGUAGUAAAGUGAACAUGGAAAUUAACUUUACUUCAAACAUCUAAAAUACGUUCGCUUGAAACAAAUUUUAUAAUUGCAGACCAUGAAAGGGCCACUUUUUACAUUAUAUUUCCCCCAGAUUGCAGGGAAAUGGCUCUCUCUGGUGAUAAAUGUGCACAACUUCUGUACCGUGCAUGCUGUUUUCACCAGCAGAAAUUAAAGCUUUCCUUUCCAUAUUUUUAUUCACCAUGGGACCAGAGAGCUAUGUAUUCUUCCCAUGCUAAAGGGGAAAUCGUUUAGGAUCAUUUCCAGCUAUUGCCACUUUUCAAGGAGUAUCUUAACAAUGGUGAAAUCUAAGGAACACUAGGCUUUUCCCUGUUUCCUAAGAUAUUAUUGUAUGAGACGUGUCCCUCAAGCAAUAUAAAGCAUAAGGCAAAUUCAAUAAUUUAUUUUUAACAAUUAAAAAUUUCAACAAUACAAUGAAGGAGGAAAAAGCAGAAUGAAUGAAAUAAUAUUCGCAAAGUGAAAUUCAACACUAUUUAGUGAAAGAAAAACGGGCCAUAUUCCUACAGAAUAGAAGCCAAGGAUAAAGGGUAGCAUGCUUUACCAACUAUAUAUACGUAGUUGGAAUAGUUGGAAGAUGCUAAAUAGUCUCCCAUUUCAUUGCUGGCAACUGAAUAUCCCAGAAUGCAAAUGGUUAAAGGACAAACACCCAGGUUUCUUCCAUAGCAUUCUUGGCAUAUGCAAGUAUAUAGCGCUAAAAGGUUAUGCUAUUUCUCCUUGCCAUCAAGUCAAUUGACUGUUUUGGCCAUACCUUUCAGAGGACAAAGACUUAAGUUAACAGAGAUUUGGUUCCACAUUGAUUUCAGGAUACUUAAUAUUCUAUCAACACCCAAUAGACAGAGUUCUCAGUUGUGUAUGAGAGGCAUAAAAUAGGCAUAUAAAACAACAAAUGGGGCUCUCUGCUAAGUUGACUAGCCUGAUCUGCUUUCGUCAGGAAACGCUGUAGAGUCAAAAUGGGGGGCGUCAUUUGCGUGGUCGCGGGCAGCCCCUGGACCCUAUGCGGCAUCAUUAGCACAGGCUUGGCUUUGUCUCCCCCCAGGUAGGAUACCUGGAGGUCUCUGCCUACCUCAGUCAGUUGCCCAAUCCCGCCUGGGGAAGUGCUGCCAAGGUGAUCAGGCCAGGUAGGGGGAGGGACUACCUGCCCACACAAUAGAGGGAGGAUCUUACCUGGGAAUCGUCAGUUGGCUUCAGAAAUACAAAAAUACAGAAACGUAUUUUAUGUUUUUAAGAUGGCUAUAGUAUUGCUAACAGAAUCCAGGUGCUCUGGUUUAAUUUCCCUGUCUAGUUAGAAGUAUGUACCGGUAGUUAAUAUGUAGCAGCAUACCCUAAAUCAAGGAGAGAUAAUGAUGUACCCUCCAGUGCUGGGAUGUUUUUGCCUCUGCGCAUGGGUCUGGGAAUGUUCUGAACAGUUCAUAUUGAGUUCAUGAAAACAUUAUACUCUGACCUGUUCUUAAUGCAUAGUUGACCACAUCUACGGAACGCGCGCGAUUAUUAUAUCCUUUCAUGUUAUGAUCAAUCAUUAGUAAUUGUUUUAGUCUUGCUAUAUCAAUCACUAGUUAUAAUUUAAUUAGGAGGUUUCAUGCCUGUCUAGUUCUGUGCUCCCUUUCCCAACCUUAAUCUAUUGGUGAUUAAUGUAAACUUUGCUUUGUACUUGUGUUAACCAAUCAGCAAUAAGCACGUAUGUGGCAAAUGCUGUAAGAUUCAAUAAAAGGGACUCUCCGAGACUUGCUCGGGAGAUGCCUCCCAUAUGACACCUUGCCAUUCGUCUGUCGUUUAUUUCAACCCAACACUCCAGAAGUUGUUAGGCUACGACUUCAGAGAAAUGUUUAAUAAUACUUUAAAUGGUGCUGAUUACUGAGGACUGCUAUUCUUGUAUUUAUAUAUAGUAUUGUUUAAAUUCAAGUUUCUUUAAAUGUCCUUCCACAGAGAGAAAAACGAACAAACAGAAUUUGAUUUCGAUACAGAUAAAUACGAUAUUAGGAUUCCUGCAGAUUUAGAUGAACUAACAGGGAAAAGAGGAUAUAAAAAACAAGAGAGACAAGAUCAGAUUGUUCCUGAAAGUGAUUAUUCAUUACGGGUAAUGCUUACUAUUCAUUUUUUUCCUAUUGGUUGUAAUGUUAUUCUCCUAUGUCUAUACGUGGUAUUAUAUCCAGAAUCAUCACAGCUGUUCUUUUCUCAUUGAACCCUAAAAAAAACACUGUUAAAAUAUGCUUAUAUUAAAAGUUCAUUUAUUCCAUUUCACUAAGUUAUAAGACUUAUAGCCAAAGAUGAUGAAAUGAAAUUGCACUGUGCAAAUGGGCAUUCUUCCUGGCUGAAAUAGUCUACCAGUGUACUGUGAUGGACUCUCUCUGAUGCUGGUGGUUUUGCAGAAGGGGGACUGAAUAAUUUUCUCUUUAACAAUCAGCAGACACCUUACUAAUCACUGUAUCUGCCGGUGUCUCGCUGUUCUGUCCCACACAUGCAGAAUCCAGUGCUUAACACUAUGUAUAAUCUGGACACAUGUUUAAAGUGCCAUGUGAGUUCUGAUUGCUUGCUUAAUAUCAUUUGACUUAAAUUUGCAAAAUUUGGAUAGAACUCCAAUUUACAUAUUUUACAAGCUGUAUGCUGAAAACUUGUUACUUGUUUUCUUUUAGCUUGCAAAAUGUAUGAAAAAUUAACCAUGUACUUUCCUUUCCUUUUCAGGCUUACUGCAGUAUCUUAUAUUUAAAACCAAGGAUGCAAAUAAUUAUAAGAGGACAGAAAGUACAAACGCAGCUAGUCUCCAAAAGCCUUGCUCACAUAGAGCGAGAUGUUUACAGGCCAAAGUUUCUGGCUGUAUCCUUUAUGACUGUGGGCUGCUGCAGACUGACCAAGAAUGGCUGGCCAAGUACACGUGAAACCUUUGACUCUUCUCUUCACUUCUCUUCCCACUUGGUUCCACUAUCAGCUCAGAUUUUAAGCAUGAUUUUAAGCAGGAAGCUUUGUCGUAAUUUGUGAUAUGUUGCAGAAACAUUCCCAUUUAGGCUUACCUGCUAUUGCUUCAUAGGUGAAAAAAAUCCAAAGUGGUGGGCUGCAUUGUACAUGCAUAUCUCUCUUCUUUAGAAAGACCCAAUAGUAGUGUAUCACCUCAUCACUCUCGUUGCUUUGGCAGAGGCUAUGGUAUACAGCCUAAUAACAUGAAUUGGGGGGGGGGUAUUCAAAAAGCAAAGGAUUACCACUCAGCUCUAGUAGUGCCUUCUAUAUAGUUGUCCCAAGGUGAUAUGUAGUAAAAACAAACAAGGAUAAUGUCCAACUAACCCAUAAAAUGGGGCACAGAACUGGAAAGGCUAGAGGCGAGUCCAUCAACAAAAGUAGUAGGACUGGUGGAAUUUGAGUGACCAAGAGUCCUAUGUUAGUGGCAGCCAGCAAAGGAAAGCAGUUGCUAAAUAGUUGCAGUUCUUUUUUUAAAAAAAAUGGUUAUGGUCACUGGUUAGAAUGUGAAAGUUUGCUAGUCAGUGAACAAAAUUAUAAUCAUCCCUUUUUAUUUUAAUAUCAAUAUGCAUACAGAAGUAAGCUCAGUUGUUCCAGAACUGUAUUGAAGAAUACAAGCAACUGAUCCAUAGGAUAGAAUAUUAAGUUUUAAAUGAAAUAAAUUGGUCUUAGGUUUGUCACCAACUUUAGGAUUGGAGCGGUGUUAUGCAAGCAUAGUUUUUUAUUCCUAAAUUUCGUUUUACUCCGUUUGGCUAAACUCGCUGGCUUUGGAUCCAUUUUGUAAGAUAAUCAAUACAACAUCAGAAAUUGCUACUGUUCAUAAAACAGGGGAAAAAAGUUGUUAAGAUAUUUCUUCACAAAUUAUAAUUACCUUUAUUAAAGGCUUUAUCUAACUAACUUUCCUUUAAUUUGUAGUUUAAUUUGAAAGUUCUGAGUUUUCUCCGGUGUAAUCAUGGAGUUUUUUUCAGAGAAAAACCUAUCUAUUUUCAAAUACAAUAUAUUUAUUUUACAUAUACAAAAUGAUUAUUAUAUUUUGUACUGUAACUUGUAUUAAUGGUUAAUACUCUUUCACAUUCUUGGGGGCUAGUGGAAUUAUCUUUUUAGACAGCUCUGUUUAGAAUGAAUAUUCAGUAUGAAGAGAACCAUAUUUUGAUAUUUUCCCUAACUUACACAAAUAAGCCCAAAACUGUAAGAAUUACUUUUGGAUUCAACUGUCGAAAUAAAGAUCACUAUGGAAUGAUGAUGUACCACAGAAACAGACUAAUAAAGGCUUAUGAAAGAGUAGGCUACCAGCAAAAGGUGAGAGAAGUUCAUAUAGCAAUAGUUCAUCUUUCCACACUUUAAUUGAAACUUGUUAUAGUUAGUCUUGUUGAUGUAAAAUUCCAUUUUUGUGUAUUUUCAAUGCGCGGUGGACUGAAUUUAAAGCACUGCCACUUAAAUCAGCAUUUUAAAUUAUCCAUUGGUAUGUUAACGUAUUUACUAAACAAGGAUGCAUAGAAAUUGAUCUGCUCAAUCUAUACAUUAAAAUAUUUAAAUUUAUGACUAAACAGAGUGAUUACUCUACUCCAUGUUCUGUUUCACUUCUACUCCUUUCUUUCUACUGUACUGCCUAAUUCUUGCCUUGCCCCAAUCUCACCCCCAUCCAAGAAACACAAAGUAGCUAACUGCCCCCAAUUUUUUGCAAACUGCAAAAAGGGGCAGCCUUUUAACUCAGUGUGUUCGACAUAGAGCCAUUGUUUCAGGAGUUUUGUUUACAUCUGCAUGUAGGUUUAACAUGUAGGUUUAACAUGCUUAUAGUCAGAUUAAUUUUAAGAUAGCUGUUCUUUAAAUUACUGGUUUUUUAAAAAAAAUAGAGAAAUCCCUCCUCGAUAUUUAAAACAUUAUAAAAAAUGGUUUCUACACCAACAAAAAUCUGUCUUUUAAUCAAAACGGUUUCCUGCAAAUUUUUGAAAAUCCUUGUCAUUCUCUGAGAAGCAAGUUGUAAACAUUCAAUGACAUCGCAGCAGCUCAUUUAGUAAAGUCUUGCAUUCUGGGGGCAGCCAAGGGCUGUUUUUGACAUCUAAAACACAAGGCUGAGAAUUCUUUUGUGCAGUCAUUUCAUUAACAUUUCAUCCUUCUUUACUGCACAUUUUUCUUUCCAGCCAUUCCCCCCCCCCCCGCAAGAAACUGUUGUUGUUAUUAUUUAUUGAAUUGAUAUACUGCCCUAUACCUGCAGGUCUCAGGGCGGUUCACAGAAUAAAAUUACAAUAUAAAAAUGCAAAAUACAUAAUCAAAGUAAAAACAAGAACAACCUAACAGCCCCCCCAAAAAGAACUACUGUCACUGAAAGCACUGUGAUGCUUAAACUGACAGAACUGUAUGUGUAUCCACUGUGUUCUGAUUAACUGCUUCAUGUUGAAUGUUGCCAUUCCCAACUUUGACUAAUAAGUCUGAAACCAAUCUACCCCAAUACCUAGCUCCAAAUUCUAAGUCGCUUCUCAACCUCCCAUUUACUUUUAAGUAGAAAUUCUAAACGGGUAGCAGAGGCUUGCUUAGAAGUUAAAACAAUAAACUUCAUCUUCAAGAAGUUCUUUAUCCAAGCAAUUGAACUUGGAAUAAUACCUGUUCUGGCAUCUUUUGUGAUGGAACUUGUAUACUUGUAUAAAUAUUUGUUUAAAAUACUGGAAAUUUGUGUUCUUGGUGAAAACGUUGGUAUAUCUUCCUUGUCUAUAUGCUUCCCCCACCCCACCACCACCCCUUUGCAGGCAAACAACAUGGGAGUAGGUGUAGUUGGGAUUAUCGAAUGCAACUUCCUAAAGCCAACCCAUAACAAACAAGAUUUUGAUUAUACUAACGAAUACAGGUAAGAACGUAUUCCAGGAUCCUCUUUUCACAGUAGCCAAACAGAUGCCAGUAGGAAGCCCACAAGCAGGGGCUGGGUGUAAUAGCACUUGUGAUUCCCAGGAAACUGCUAUUGAGAUGCUUACUUCCUUUGAGAUACUAGGGAUAGAACACCACCAUUGUGGCUAGUAGCAAUUGAUCGCCUUAUGUUCUGUGAAUUGCUCUGAACUCAAAGCCAUCCCAGUGGGUGGCCAUAGCUAAAUUUCCAGUCUGCAUGUAAUACUAGACCAUGGCUUAGCAGUACAUUUCUAAACAAGCCACAAGCUGGCUUGUUAACUAACCAGUAAACCAGAGUUUGUUUCCAAUCUGUAUUGGGAAUCACUUUGAGAUGCCUUAUGGCAGGCUUCCUCAAACUCAGUCCUUCAGAUGUUUUGAGACUACGAUUCCCAUCAUCCCUGACCACUGGUCCUGCUAGCUGGGGAUCAUGGGAGUUGUAGGCCAAGAACAUCUGGAGGGCCGAGUUUAAGGAAGCCUGCCUUAUGGGAAGGGUUUCAUACAAUAAGUAGUAAUAAUAAUAACAGCAGCAACAAUCACCACCAGAGUUUCAGGUCCAUAUGUAAUGAUAAGUUAAUGGUCAAACUAAGCUCUGCUGUCACUUAAGUUCUCCUGGCCAUGUGAGAGGUGUCAAGCAUACGAGGCUAAGGCUUGUGGAAGUCCCUUCUGCUCAUGCAUACAGAGCUGCUCUCCCAACAGUGGUGUCAUUACCACUUUACCUACCCUACCUCCUUGGGUAGAGAAAUAGUAGGGUGCUGUUCAGGCACACUGUCUCUGUAGCAUUCACUCUGCAGUUAGGAGCACUAGAGCCGUCUCAUUGUAUCACACAGCUUGCCUAUAGCUCACCCUUUGGCUCCAUUUCUUGUUUUUAGCAUUAUUUACACAAAUAUAUCCUAAAGGGAGGAAUUUCAAAGCAUUUUUAAAAUAAGCAAUUUGCUGCUUUCCCCUUAUCUCUACCAUUAGUAGACAUGUCUGGAAUCUGAACCAAAUGCAGAAUCCUACUGUAACUUGUUAGGAGUUCACGAUUUGGAAGGAAUAAAUAGAUUACGCGUUAGCACAUUUCUAGUAUGUUUUCCUUAAAUGCAUAAGUGAUAUUUCUGCUCAUUGUUCUUUCCCAGUAGUACUUGCUUUCUGUAGCAACUGUCAAUGCAUGUUUCAUAUUAUACAGAAUGUGUUUUGUUGAGACACAACUUUGUAUUUCUUGCUUAUUAGGCGUACAAUGCAAGCGCUCGGUGAGAAGCUAAAUGAUUACUGGAAUGAGAUGCAAGCAAAGAAACUGGAUUAUCCUCAAGAAGAGAUGGUUGAAGAUUCCCAGUAAGUUUUUCUAAAAACAUAAAACUUAGUCAUAAUCUGUGCUUGGUUUAAAUUAUAUUUGCUUAGUUUUAAUGCCACUUACACUCUGUUACAGGAAUCGCCCUGAUCAAACCUGGGUUCAGUGUGAUUCAUGUCUAAAAUGGAGGAAGCUUCCAGAUGGAAUGGAUAAAUUGCCAGAGAAGUGGUAUUGUUCAUACAACCCUGAUCCUCAGUUCAGGUAAAAUAGGGAGAAAUUUGGCAAUUCAUUUUUUCUCAGAUUGCAUUUACUAGCUGGAUUAAAAAUAUAUAUAUUCCUUUCUUAAAAUUAGAAAUUGCAAUGUGGAUGAAGAACCUGAAGAUGAUGAUUUAUUAAUUCCAUAUGAGAAAAAGUUUAAGAAAAGGUGAGCAUUAAAUAAAAACAGGAAGUUGAAAUGUUGGCUUUUUUAUGUGUUCCAUCAAACAAUUUUGAAGACAGGCACUAGGAAGUUUAUUCUGUAGAGUUUUAAAUGGGUAAUAUGCUUCCUUCUAGCAAACCCAUUAUGUUUCGAAUACGUUUUUGCUAUUUGUUUAAGUCAAGAAAUCCACAAAAGGAUUCACUAGUCCAAAACAUACCUUCAUUUGACAAUACAAAAGUGAACUUUGCCCUUUUCACUAAUGGUUGUGUGCUCUCACCAUUAGAAGUUAUAGUGAGCUACAUAGAAUCAUAGAAUUGUGGAGUUGGAAGGGACCUUGAGGGUCAUCUAGUCCAGAAGAAGAAGAAGAGGAGUUUGGAUUUGAUAUCCCGCCUUUCACUCCCCUUCAGGAGUCUCAAAGCGGCUAGCAAUCUCCUUUCCCUUCCUACAAUGCAGGGAUGCUGCCCACAGCUGUCCCUUGAUGGGCUCAAACCACCAACAGCAAGACACACUAACCCAAUACAGGAGGGCUAUAACAUAAGUUAUUGACGCAAAAGGUCAUGUUAAACAACAACUUAAUAUUAGAUAGCAUAUAUAUAUACUGAGCAUAAACCAUGAUACUUUUUCUUCUCAAUGCAGAGACAGGGAGAAAUUAAAGAAAAGGAUAGAGCUUAGCCAGCAGGUAGGUGACUGAUUAUCUUGACAUGUUUAUUUCUUUGUUUGUGGAAGCAAUGCUAAAUUACAUGCAAGUUUUCCUAUACUGUACCAGGUUCAUUUUUUGCAUGGAAAGCAGCAAAGGAUACUUUAGCUUCUUCCUCCAUUUUUGUGUGUCUUGAAUAUACAUCCUUUCCAGGUCAGAAUUUAGCCAAGGAUAUAAACUUUCCUAGGGGUGAAGGCAGGAUUAUGAUCAGUGUACCAUGGAUUGACAGUUGGCAAAGGUGGGUCACUUGCCACUUUACCAAUUGCAGAAAGAGUAGUGUAAAAGUUGAGGAGGCAGUUCACUAUUUCCUGGCUCCACUGCUGGGUACAAAUGCUGCUGUCAUCAAUCUCCAUAUCUUCUCCGCUUUGAGGAUGCUGAAUAAUCGUAACACUUGAACCAUGGAAAGAGGUUACAGCAGUGGAAGAUGAUUGAUUGCGAUCAAUACCAUCUAGAUUGGUGGCCAGCACUGCCUUCUGUGGGAGAGAGUUUUGUAGUUUAACUAUGUGCUGCGUGUAAAAAAAAAAGUACAGUGGUACCUCGGGUUAAGUACUUAAUUCGUUCUGGAGGUCCAUUCCUAACCUGAAACUGUUCUUAACCUGAAGCACCACUUUAGCUAAUGGGGCCUCCUCCUGCUGCCGUGCCGCCGGAGCAUGAUUUCUGUUCUCACCCUGAAGCAAAGUACUUAACCCGAGGUACUAUUUCUGGGUUAGUGGAGUCUGUAACCUGAAGCGUAUGUAACCUGAAGCGUAUGUAACCCGAGGUACCACUGCACUUCCUUUUAUGUGUCCUGAAUCUUCCUGUUUCUGUGCAUAAGUAUAUUUGAUGACUGUUUACAUAUUCUGGUUCAAUCUAAUUUACUCAGUAGUCAAAUUUCAAGGUAGAGCGAUAUGGCUAAAACCUGUAACUGAGCUGCCAAGACUUUUCCCACAGCCCAUCCAGCCAUAUAUGUUGUCAUUUUGUGGUGACUGCAGAGAGUUCAAGGAAAAAGUCGCAGUGAUGGAAGUGAAUGAUGCUUUCUUCUCUAAUUGUAAUGACAUAAUGCUGUUUCUACAGAUUUAUAAUGAAAUGUAUUUACAAACAACGGCUGCCUUGUCCAGUGCACCUCCAUUAUUGAGUGAAACUAUUCCAAUGUUUCAUGCAGAAGCUUCAAACGUGUCGCUUACGAGACCUCAAAACAAAUCAAACAGCACAUCAGUAUCAUCUCCUCAUUCUGAUCCUGUAAAUAGGUCAGUAAAUAAAAUGCAAGAAUAUUUCCACCUACUUUCCCCAUUUGCUUGUGCUGUUUUUUUAAAUUAACAUUUUCUGGAGCUUAGCCUUUAAAGGAAAAAACUGCUAAUAUGAUUUCUGUUACUUUGCUUUUGUUUCUUUAGCCAUAAACGAAAACUUUCUAAUGCUGAUGCACCACUACCUUUUAAGAUCACAAAAGUGACUAGCCAAGCAUUUGAGAAAAAGAAGCAAGAUGAUGAUGAUGUUAUCAUUUUGGAAGAGAACAGUACUCCAAAACCUGACGCUCUGGAAUGUGACAUCACAAUAGUAAAAGUUGAAGGUGGGGCUGAUGUUGAUUUCAGUAAUAUUGAGGGAGAAAUUUCUAUGAACAGAGAUGCUUGUUCAGAAACAAAUGGUUCAAAAGGAACUGCAGCAACACAAACUGAAACAGAGGAACUUGUAGUAAAAAAGGAAGAAACUGAGGGCAAUGCAGAUAAUCAGCUGUCCAGAUCAGAACAUGAAAUAACACUUACAGAACAUCUUCAUAUUUCGGAGGCUGAUAUUGUGAAUGCAGACAUUAAGAUAAAUGAAUUAAGCCUUCAACUGCUUUCAUCCAACAGUGAAAAAGAAAAAUAUCAACAGCAAUGUGAUACAUUGGUUAAAGAAUUAACACUGUUAAAGCAAAAAAUAAUGGAUACAAAUGGCAAGCAUGUGCAAAAGGGAAUAUGUCCUCAGUCUACAGAAACAAAAAGUAUAAUAUCAGAUGCAGAACUCAAAAAAGUUAAAGAAAAAAGUAAAGAAGAGAUAUUCAUUCUGUAUGAACAGGCAUUGAAAGAGAUGAGAACACUGAAACAACAGUGUGAUACUCUGCAGAACUUAAAAUCUGAAUGUAGUAAAUGUAAAAACAUUGAGAAUAAAAGUGAAGCAGAUGACAUGGCUGUGCAACUGGGUGAUGUUUUCAGACAGCUGGACAAUUGCAGCAUGGAAAGAGACCAAUAUAAAAAUGAGGUAAGUUUCAUAAUUCAGUACAUAGAAAGGCUGGGUUGAUAUUUAGAUUUACUUGUUUUGGGUUUCAGUCUCACACUUAACCUUUAAUCCAUUACCUUAACUUAAUUUUAAUGGAAUGUAUAUAAAAGGGUCUUUCAGAAUUAGAGCAUGAAUUUCCUACAGAAUUCAAGUGCCUUUGAAAUCAGUGAGACUUAAAUAAAAACAAAAGUUCUUUGGAACUGAGAAAUCAGCCAGUGAGAACAUCCUUUGACUUGAGGUAGCCAGAUUUGGUGGAAAGAGAAGACCUAUUAUAGAAAAAUAGUGUUUAGUUCAGAUUUGUGCAAACCAAAAUAUUGUAAGUAAAUCAGACAUAUCAGGCUUCUGAAAAACAUUUGCAAACCGGAACACUCACUUCCGGGUUUGCGGCGUUCAGGAGCCGAUUUGUUCGGCAGCCAAGCCAUUCAGGAACCAAGGUACUACUGUAUACUGUAACAAGUAUUUCACUUUUGUUUUUCAUUUUCAAAAAUGCAGGUAUAUAAAGCUUUGAUUUACUUUCAGAUUGAACUACUGGAAAUGGAAAAAACUCAGCUGGGCGUUCAAUGUGAGCAGCUGAAAGCAGAACUUGCAGAGUUAAAAACUAAUGGAGAAAGGUAUAUAUUCCUACUAAGAAGCCCGAUUUGUGCAUGAAAAAGCAUGGAAAGGCUCUAAACUUACACUUUCAUCUAUUUUCAAACCUACCUUCAGGAAACCUUUGCACAUGAAUGUCUACCAAGAAUCCAUAUUGCAGAGAAUUCCUAAGCAUGAAGCACACACUCAGUUCAAGCAGGGCAUUUACCAGGUUUUGGGUCUCGUCACCCACCUUGCCAUGUCAGUGAAGACUGCAACCUAGAACACACCCAACAUUCUCAUGUUGCUGUGCAAUGCUGAGGAAUAAGAUAAUUGUGAGGAAGCUCUUUUAUUUUUCUUCUCUUUGAGGAACUGAUGGCAAUCUUUUAGACAGGACUGGCCCAUGUGGUGCCAUCCAGAUGUUGCUGGACUCCCAUCAGCCACAGCCACCAUGGCCAGUGGUCAAAGAUGAUGAGAACAUUUGGGGCAGGGAUGUGCAUUGGCUAUCCCUGUUCUAAGGAAACUCAGGCUUCUCCAUAAUGCUGUUUAUACAGUGAUACCUUGGUUUACAGCCAUAAUCCGUUCCUGAGGUCCAGUUGUAAACCAAAGCAGGUUGUAACCCAAAGCGCGCUUUCGCCAAUGGGGCCUCAAAAAAAAUAUGGGUUGUAAUCCCCAAAAAUGGGUUGUGAUCCAAAAAAAAGGGACACACUUCAGAGUUUGAUGUGGUUGUAAUCCAAAAUGGUUGUAAUCCAAAACGGUUGCAAACCAAGGUACCACUUUAUCGUGUUACACCAUCCAAACCACUGAUCUAAAUAACCUAAUUCAUUCCACCCAAAUACUACAUGCCAUGUAAACCACUUAAAGGUUUCGAUGGUGAAGCAUGAUAUUAAUCCUACUUUUGAAUGAAUGAAUGUCCUAGUGUAGCAUGUGAUUGCUGGUGUAAUCAUACGAACCUUUUCUUGUUGUUUGUAGCUGUAGCAAGUAUGUAGGAAAAGGAUCUAUACAAUACCAAAAACAGUUUUACAUAAACACUGUUUACCAUUUCUGGUGAAACUUAUUUUCAGAUGUUUUCUAUGUUAAAUAAACAAAAUUAAUAGACAAGGUGAGCUUCAAUAUAACAUCUCUAUUCUAUGUAACAUUUCAGUUUAAUUGGUUUAAAGUGUCGUUUAAUGUAUUCUUUAAAACAAUGUAUGUCAAAUUUGUAACAGACUAUAAAAUAGCGAUAGAAAUGGGAAAGGAAUGAAUGAACAGUUGAGCAAAUGAUGAUUUAAAGCAUUGGUAGGCAAACUAAGGCCUGGGGUCCGGAUCCAGCCCAGUCACCUUCUAAAUGCAGCCCGCUGACGGUCUGGGAAUCAGUGUGUUUUUACAUGAGUAGAAUGUGUCCUUUUAUUUAAAAUGCAUCUCUGGGUUAUUUGUGGGGCAUAGGAAUUUGUUCAUUCCCCUCCCCAAAAAAUAUAUAUAGUCCGGUCCCCCACAAGGUCUGAGGGACAGUGAACUGGCCCCCUGCUGAAAAAGUUUGCUGACCUCUGAUUUAAAGUACUGAACUUAUCUUCACCAUACCUGUAAUUUUAACUGAUGUUCUCAAUCUUCUCUUUCUUAGCAUGAAGCUGCGAUCCCUGCGAGUUAACGUGGGACAGUUACUAGGAACAAUAAUGCCUGAACUUAAUGUGCAUCAAAUCAAUCCUGACAUUGGCAUAGUCGAUGAAAUUCUAGGGCAAGUUCUGGAGCAAUUGCGUGAAAGCACUACUUAAUUUUGUUUCCCCUGCAGUCUCAACAUACCUUAUUGUCACGUUUCCAGCCUGUAAAGACUGUUCAUUUUAGUGCCAUACUACACAUGAAAACUGGUACGGUUUCCUUUUAGGCUUCUGCUGCAAAGGGGGCUGCUUUUUAUUGGAACUGCAGCUUCUGGGAUGGGGGUGAGGGUAACAUUUUCCUUCCAUACUGUGGUUUGUGACAAAAAUCACCCUUCCCCUGCAACAGCUAUUAGCCCCAGAAGGUAAGCUACUGGCAAGUAGCAUUUCCCCCCAAAUUAUUAGUAUUUUAUAGAGGCCUGUGAGUAUUUCUAAACUUUGAUACAUGAUUAUGUAUUAUAAGCUGAUUAAAAGUAUUGUAAAACAAUUGUUAUGUCACAGUAUGUUUCUAAAACAAAUAUCAACUCAUGUUCUUAAUUUUGAUAAAGUUGUCAAAAAUUACCAUAGAUAUUAUGUACCUUUUUCAUUUUCUUGAAAGCAACAUUUUUCCAAUGAGUGGUUAUUGAUAUUUCAACCUUAUAGUGUAUAUGCUAGUUAAGGGUAUUGCAAACAAAUUCUUUCAAAUUAUACUGUUUUGUUUAAUUAAAAGAUAACAGUUUUUCAAAAUAUGGCCACAUGGUUCUAAGGAGCAAUUUUUACAUACUUUUUUCUUUAAUUAUGUAUUUGUUUUUCAUUAUUCUCUGAAUGUAUUGUACAGUCUGGGUUAAAAAAAUGUGACUCUAUGAAUAUUAUUUAAAUUUAUACUGUACAUUAAUACUUUGAAGAAAAGUGAAUAAAUGUAAAUAAUUUUUUAUUUCCAUGAAGUUAAUCAAAAGAUGUAUAUUUUGGACUAAAUGUGGGGGGGGGGCACAUAAUGGUGUUCUGAGUGACAAGAAGAAUUCUGUAUCCGGGUAAAUUGUUCCCUAUUAAAACAAAACCUGCC